AUGGUACGCCUCGGCGUGAUCCUGCAGCCGGCCCCAGACCCCUUGCCUUUCCGCAAACCCGGCGAUGUAAAUGCGGAACCCGCUAAGAAGUCGUUUGAGGUUGUUGCACCGGAGUGGGCAUUGAGCACCAGCGCAGAUGGUGGCCAUGCCCAGGGAGAGAGCAACGGCGACGACGACUCGAACGUCAUUCUAUCCGUGUUUCCUGCACCAGGUGAAACGGCGCCGUCUUUUCGAACACUUCCGCACAUAGUGCUUCGCGAUCCACAGCUACCAUGGGCUCGCCUCGCCAGUCAAAAGGUUCCAGACAACCAUGCCAACGAGAUUCCCUGGUUUGCACUAGUUGUUUUCACCGCCGAUGAGCUUACGCUCGACGAGGACCAUCGCACCUCGUAUUUCAAUGGACUGAGCAUUAAUGAGACGCUUGGAUGGGACAUACCUGUUGGCAAGGUCUCCUCAGUCCUUGACACAUCACCAGAGAAGAAAGACCGGCUUGCCAAUUUCAUCCCGCUCCCCAAUCAGAGAGAUGUUGACGCUGAAGUCAAGACGAGCUUAAUUGCUGUGCCGAGUGGAGUCUUCAAGAAACUGUUCACCAAUGCGAAAAGCGAGAAUGAGUUCGACAUCUCUCCUUAUCGUUUCAUGACCCAUGUUCGGAAUGUCGCAGCAGCUGGCACAAUGUCGGCUGCAGUCGCCAACGAUGAUCCUAAUCCGAAGACGAAUGGCACGGCCACAUUCAGCAUGACCGGAGUCCCGGAAGGAGAUGGCGAUGAGAAGGUGAUCAGCGACAUUGUAACGCGCCGCCAGAUGGAUGGCUACACGCUUGUACGCCAUCGUACCGUGACUGGUGAGCAGACAACUGCAAUGGUGCGAGGACCUCUGACACCCACCAAAGUACCUCAUCCACUGCACAAAGAUGUUGUCUUUCAGUCCAACUUCGGCACAGAUCUCCAGAUCCUGGAUCCUGAUCUCGGGCUUAUGGAUUUGUCAUAUGCCUCGGCUUGGCAGCUAGGAAAGACACUUGCCCUGGCAGAUCCGUCCUUCACGGCUGCUCUGGCCCGGCUGCGCACCAAGAUCCACGAAGAUGCCCUCGAAGCCGCCAGAAAAGACAUCUUCAAGAGGCUCAGAACCGAGGAAGCAGCAUUGGGCACUCUUGGCGACGAUGAGCACGAGCAUUCUGUCUUGACUGAAACGGACUCUCGCUCGACCUACGUUCCUAAAAGCAGAAUCAAAGCGGAUGUUGCCGAUCUCGUUGGUGCCCUCAACCACAUCAACUCUGAUGUGCAUGUGUCUGGGACCUGCUUUUCCACCAACCGCUGGAAUCGGAGGCUCCUGAAGCAGAAAGAUGACGGUCCAGAUCUCUUCAGUCUCCGCUCCGAGCACGUAUUUCAUCAGAUGGGCCAGCAUGCCCAGUACAUCACGGACGACAACGCCAACACACCCGAUGGCGGACCAUACAACUACCACAGCGUCCCGAACAGUACUGAUUAUGCUAUGGUACAGGAAUGGGUUCUCGACAAGUUGCAUCUCGCUGGGAUUCCAGCUCAAUAUCUUCUUCCGGAUCCAUCUCACCUCCCACCAGAGUCUCUCCGUUUGUUCCAUGUUGACGCAAACUGGACUGAUGCCAUGGUAGAUGGUGCCCUCAGUCUAGCAAAUCAUUUGGCUGACAAACCAGAAGAGGACUUUACCCGGUCGUCCCUGAAGAAUACACUGAAUCGUUACUUCAAGACUCCGAUCACUGGUAGUUACAAACAGCAAAUUCCGACCUACGGGUUCAUUCUCCGCUCGCAGCUACUAGUCCAGUUCCCAGACCUUGCCGUGAGUGCGGAUUUUGAAAAGAUCCAUACACAAGAGGACUGGGCCAAUGCCAAACCCGCGGUCCCAAUCCUCGUCCAACGGCGCCUUGCAGCAGAUACGAUGCUCGUUCUAUUCGACAGGGACCCGCCGGAGCUGUCCAAACUCACGCUCACUUUGCCUGCCCACCAGCAAACAUUCAUAGCGGCCUUCCAGUUCGACGAAACAACAGAUGAUGUAGAAAUGCACUACAAACGCGUCUAUGCCACAGGAGCCGACGAGCCACUGCCAGUCGACCAGGAGCAUCGCCGGGAGCCACUAGGGGUUCCCAUGCCUGAAUGCAAGUUCAGCCGCUCGCGCAUUUUCGAUUGGGAGGCGAGAACGCUCAAGAUUCAGGAAUACGCCGAUUUGGUGCACGAUAACUUGAAAAAGUACAUGCCAGAUGGCCAGUACCAAACGCAGGCGCCAACCUCAGCCGUCAUGGCCCUGCAGCUCAACGAGCCAAUUUACACCCUCGUCAUCACAGCUGCUUUACCGGAGCUACCAACAGGGCCGGGUCACAGCCAGAAGCCUCCAGCCCUCACGAGUGAAGUAGAGUUCGGCCGCUGGGAUCUGUUCCGCCAUGAAGAAUCAGAGAUGUUUCAGUUCCAUCCCCCGGCCUUUCCCGGCGAGAAAUACAAACCCAGAUCCUCUCUUCAGGGGCCGGAGAAAGCAGUUUUGUUCCAGCCGACCAAGCUCCCUGUCUGCCGAAAUGAAGCUCAACAGCGCGGCGACCAAGACUGGGUCAUGAUAGCUGGUAACGCAGACGGAAAGGACGGCAACGAGAUACUACCGCCUCCAGAAAUUCCCAUGCCACUUCCUGACGUGGCCAAACCUCCCUUGGUUUUCAACGUCUUCCCCUUGGGCAGGCCAACUUCCAACGUGCCCACCAACAGCCACGUUCCACUCGACCUUAUUUUCGACAUUCGGGCUUACCCACAACUCCAGUACUGGGCGUUGCGCGUGACACACUUCGACCUCAACAUCCCCAUCGCGCCCUACACAGACCCGCCAACAACCCCCCUGCCCGACCCGGACGAUGACCAGACCAACCGCGCCCUCCUCCGCAGCAAUGCGCCGGAAGGCCCCGCCCCUUCUAUGCUUUACAACAUCCGCUUCAACGUCGUUCGCCAGCGCUGGGACGUCAAGAACGGCUCACUUGACGUGACGGUCCUGCCGCGCACGCGCUGGGGCGUGGCCACGCAGACCUUUGACGAGGCCAGCUUCCUCUUGCCGCUUGCCGCCGUGUUUCCCUGGAAGGUGCCUCGAGGCAAGAAGUACCCGUUCCAGGUCCUGGUGACAGCUUACAUGAGGGACCCCCAUGAUCCGCCGGAUAUACCGGAUACUCAGUACGUCUACACCGUGACCAAAUACAUGGACUGUCCCGGUGUAUGA